CUUGAUUCAAAGAUUUUAAGACCUUAUUUAAUGAAAUUUAUAUGUAAUUAACAAUCUAAAGUUUCAUAUUUCCAUGACUAUAAAAUCUUGUGCUCACAAGACUAUGGAUAGUACAGAACAGUGCAAUUAUUAUUGUAAGAAAUCAAGUAAAUUGUGUGUUAAGUUAGGAGAAUAUGGCAAGUGCACCAGCAGUGAGGCACACGGGCAGGGCUGACCGUCGGAUGUUUGCAACAUCCGACGACAGCACUAUGCUCAAGCAGAUCCAAGGCACACAUGCGCCUGAUGGUCGCGAUGUGGAUGUUAGGCCUAUCCUCGACAUUAUCGAGGAUGUUUUUAGGCGCGCCACCCCUACCAUUCAUGGAGGAGAUGCUGCACAUAAUGAUUACUUGGAGGAUAAGACAAGUGAAGCUUGUAUUGAUGGAGAUGGAAUGCUUGAAACAUUAGCCUUUGUCAUUCAAAAGAUCUCUUGUGAGAUAACAUGCAAAUGCUCGGGAGGAGGAGACGCUCAUGCAACAACAAUGUCACUUCUAAACAUGCUUUCGAACUAUUCGUGGGAUGCCAAAGUAGCCAUAUCGCUUGCAGCGCUAGCAAUAGCGUAUGGAGAGUUCGGGUUGGUGAUUCAGCUCUAUCCAACUCAUGCUCUUGCAAAGUCGGUUGCUGUCCUUAAGCAGCUUCCAGAUAUAAUUGAGCACUCGGAUGCACUGAAAUCUCGAUUCGAAGCACUCAACAGUUUGAUUGAGGCUAUGCUGGAUGUGACCAAAAGGAUUUUGGAGUUCAGACAUCUGCCUCAUCAGUAUAUAUCUCCUGAACAGCCGCCUUUAUCUGUCGCUAUAACUCAUAUUCCGACUGCAGCUUAUUGGACAAUAAGGAGUGUUGUGGCCUGCACCACUCAAAUUGCUGGCCUUAUUGGAAUGAGCUAUGAGUAUGUUACAUCGACUACAGAAGCGUGGGAGCUGUCAAGCUUGGCUCAUAAGGAGAGGAACAUUCAUGAUCAUCUCAUGCAUCAACUUGCUCUUUGCUAUCAGCAUAUCGACGAGAAGAAACACAUCGAGGCAUACCACAAUCUUGUGCGCGUUUUCGAAAUUUCGCAACAAGACAACGUAAGGAUUCUAAGGCAUUUGAUAUACAUGAAGGAUGACAUUCAGCCUCUUGUUGAUGGGUCCAACAAAUCACAGGUUCAUGUCGAAGCACUGAAGAGAAAGACGGUGCUAAUACUCAUCUCAGAUCUCGAUGCCUCUGAGGAAGAGCUGACGAUAUUAGACCAUAUAUACCAAAAAUCAAGGACAAGACCCGAGUUCCAAUACGAGAUAGUGUGGGUACCGAUAAUAGACAAGUCGGUCCCUUGGACCGAUGCACACCAGCACAAAUUCGAGCAGCUGCAGUCGACGAUGUCAUGGUACACGCUGCAGCACCCGAAGAUUAUGGAGCCAGCAGCAAUCAGGUAUAUCAAAGAGGUGUGGCACUUUGCCAAAAGAAUGAUCCUUGUGGUGUUAGACCCUCAAGGGAAAGUGGCCAGCCUAAAUGCCCUUCAUAUGUUCUUGAUUUGGGGUAAUAUAGCCUUCCCUUUUACGGCUAUAAAAGAGGACGCUCUUUGGAGGGAAGAGACUUGGAGGCUUGAACUCUUUGUCGAUAACAUUGAUCCCGACAUUCUCAAUUGGAUUACACAAGAAAAACACAUUUGUGUGUAUGGAGGGGAAGACAUAGAUUGGAUACGAACAUUUACAAGCACGGCGAAACAAAUAGCACAUGCUUUAGGUAUCGAGUUAGAGCUGGUCUAUGUUGGUAAAAGCAACGCAAAGGAGCGAAUGAGGAAAAUCACACAAACCAUAGAGCAAGAAAAUCUAAGCCACUACUGGCCCGACUUAAGCUCGAUGUGGUACUUUUGGACUAGGCUCGAGAGCAUGCUAUACUCGAAAAUGCAACAUGGGAAGAAUGUCGAGACUGAUGUCAUAAUGCAAGAAGUAAUGACAGUGCUUAGUUUCGAUGGAAGCGAUCAAGGGUGGGCUACAAUGUGGUUCGGGUCAUGUGAUAUGGCUCGAGGAAAAGGUGACACGAUACUUCAGAGUCUUCAAAUGUUCGAAGAGUGGGAAGAGAAUGCAAGGGUGAACGGGUUUGUACAUGGUUUAAAGGAUCAUUUACGACAGCUUCAUACUCCGCAUCAUUGUAACAGGCUCAUACUUCCGGGAGUCGAAGGAGGGAUUCCGGAAAAGGUGUUGUGUGCUGAGUGUGGAAAGGUUAUGGAGAAGUACUUUAUGUAUCGCUGCUGUAGUGAUUAAAUUGUAAAUGAAUUUCGUUCACCUAUUUGUCUCAUCCUUUAGCUUCUGCAUUGUUAUGUAUCAUCCUUGUAGAGGAUUUUAGAUUAUAAUUUUCUAAAUGUGUGCUGCUGAGCAUUAAGUGAUUAAGUAGUAAUUUAAGGUGGUUUAUUUA